AUGGAUGAAGAUGAUUUUGAAGAAAAAGAAGACAAAUCUACUGACAUCUUCGGUAGACAAUGUGGUAAUCCCGGGGAAGUAGAAAAUGCAGACAUGGAAGCUGAGAACUUUCUUUUUGGCUCUAAAGUAACAUAUACUUGUAAUGCAGGAUACAGGAUGAUAGGAAGGAGGAACUACAGAGAAUGCCAAGCAGAUGGCACUUGGAGUAACGCGCUCCCUAUAUGUGAAGUUCAGUUAUGCCCAUCUCCACCAGAAAUCACCGAUGGUGAAAUGUAUCCUUUUAAAGAGGAAUAUACCUAUCUUGACUCUGUAACAUACUCCUGUAAAGGAAAUUUGGCACUUAUAGGUGAAAAGUCCAUAUCAUGUAAGGAGGAUGGACAAUGGAGUUCAGAGGCCCCUAAGUGCAAAGGUUAG